UAUGGAAGUUAUUGGACCAGGGAUAGAAACCGGGCCAAAGCAGCAACUUAAGCGACUGCAGUGACAACGACAAAUCCUUAAACCGCUGCACAAGAGACUCUCCAACUAAAAUUUGAGAACCAAGGAGUGGAAAAGAAUGGCAGGUAAAUAAAAUUUACAGCUCUAAAAAAGUGCAUUGAUAAUCCAUGUGCAAAACACGCUCUAGAGUCCUCUAGAGAGAGUCAGGCUUAUUCAGAAAAUUAUAUAAACUGUAGCUCUCCAGUGGGAUGCAGGACAUUCAGGCAGUCUCCGGUGCAAAGUGUAUUCAAAUGACAUUAAGUAAUUAUAUUAUGAAUGUUGAGUAGCCUGAAGCUACUUGGAGUUUCGGAGAUUGAAGCUGAGUUUUGCCGCGACCAGGAGCCAGUUUCCUUCAGCACGUAGUUAAUUGUACUCAGGUUUGGGAGUGGAGCAUUGCGCAGGCGCAUCUAGAACGAGGCGACCACACACAUGCGCCGUAUGUAACCUCGAAGCCAAAAGGGAUACGAUUGAGGGCAAGUGUUUUCUGUUACCGAAACUUCCUUUGCUCAAAUAAGCAACCCUGGAUGUCUCCAUUUCGGGCGAGGAAAUCUAACGUCUCUUAACAUAAUCCCUUCUUUUCUUCUGGGCCACUCUUGUAAAACAGCUGCCAGUACUCAACAUGGCGAGAGGCCCCUAAGGCGAUGCAGUCCUCUCUGGAGCGCCGGCUGGAGCGGCAGGGCUCUCCGAAAGGGCGGGAGUUUGGGGGGCGGGGCCUGCGCCCCAGCCACUCCGUGAGCCCCCGCCCCGCCUCCCCCGCCCGGCCUCAGCUGCAGCUUCACCGACUCCCGCGCUGAGGAGCACCCUGGGAACCUGCGGGAGCGGAGCGUGGCCCAUGAGUUAUGGAGGCCAGGAUUACGAUGCACAUGAGAAGGCUUGGAAAGAAGAAUGGAUGUCCCCAAAUAUACAACACAUCCAGCAAGGAGGGCUGUGUGACUGGAAGGAUAUGAGCGAAGGGGAGAGGCGUAAGGAACGGAAUUAAAACAAUCAGAAGCUGGGAUCAAACAAUUAGGAUCUGCUCCAGAGGAGGUCCAAGGGACAACAAUGAUUCGUGACCCUGCUGGAAGCAAACAGCCUCUGGCUACAUAAGGGCCUGUGGGCUUACUGUCUGGUUCCUCCAUGGAGACAGGCCGCCCCAGGCUGAACAACAUGAAGCCCCAACCACUGCAGCUGGUGCUAGAGGAGCAAGUGCUGGCGCUGCAGCAGCAGAUGGCAGAGAACCAAGCAGCCUCCUGGCGGAAGCUGAAGAGCUCCCAAGAGGCACAGCAGAGGCAAGCAACCCUUGUGAGGAAGCUGCAGGCCAAGGUGUUGCAGUACCGGAGCUGGAGCCAAGAGCUGGAGAAGCGGCUGGAAGCCACUGGGGCACCAAUCCCUCAGAGGUGGGAAAAUGUGGAGGAGCCAAACCUGGAACAGCUGCUAAUCCGAUUGGAGGAGGAGCAACAGAGGUGUGAGAGUCUAGCAGAGGUGAACACCCAGCUUCGGCUGCACAUGGAAAAAGCUGACGUGGUGAAUAAAGCGCUUCGGGAAGAUGUGGAAAAAUUGACAGUAGACUGGAGCCAGGCCCGGGAUGAGCUAAUGAGGAAGGAGAGCCAGUGGCAGAUGGAGCAGGAGAGUCGGGAGGAAUCCAAGACUCCUGUGUUGGCCAAAGAUGUCCUCUGCCCUUUGAUAUGACCUGGGUUUCUGAACAUACAGUUCUUCAAGGGCUACCUGAAAGGGGAGCAUGGUCGCCUUCUCAGUCUAUGGCGGGAGGUGGUGACCUUCCGACGUCACUUUCUGGAAAUGAAGUCAGCCACUGACAGAGACCUGAUGGAGCUCAAGGCUGAGCACGUGAAGCUCUCUGGGUCCCUGUUGACCUGUUGUCUGCGCUUGACUGUGGGAGCACCACAGGCCCGGGAAUCCACUGGAUCUGGGAGGCUGAAUGGGAGUGAACCAUCCCAGCUGAUGCUGCUACUGUCUAAGACCCAGGAGCUGGAGAAGGAAGCCCAUAAAAGGAGCCAGGAGUUAAUACAGCUUAAGAGUCAAGGGGAUCUGGAGAAGGCUGAGCUUCAGGAUCGGGUGACCGAGCUUUCUGCUCUGCUGACCCAGUCUCAGAAGCAGAAUGAAGAUUAUGAAAAGAUGGUAAAGGCUCUGAGAGAGACAAUGAAGAUCCUGGAGGCAAAUCAUGCAGAGUUAAUGGAACAUGAGGCAUCUCUUAGUAGGAAUGCCCAAGAGGAGAGGCUGUCUUUACAGCAAGUGAUCAAGGAUAUAACCCAGGCCAUGGUAGAAGAAGGGGACCAUAUGGCCCAAGGCUCUGGUCACGAGCACUCCUUGGACUUGGAUCCUAGUGGCUUCUUCUCCCAGUUUGAUUCCCAGCAGCCAGACAAGGCCCUCACUCUGGUGCGUUCUGUGUUGACUCAGAGACGCCAGGCUGUGCAGGACCUAAAGCAGCAGCUUUCAGGCUGUCAGGAAGCUGUGAGCUCCUUGCAGCAGCAGCAUCAUCAGUGGGAAGAAGAGGGUGAGGCCUUGAGACAGCGGCUGCAGAAGCUCACCGGGGAGCGGGACACCCUGGCAGGGCAGACUGUGGGCCUGCAGGGGGAGGUGGACUCUCUGAGCAGGGAGCGAGAGCUCCUGCAAAAGACCAGGGAGGAGCUGCAGCAGCAGCUGGAGGUGCUGGAGCAGGAGGCCUGGCGACUACGGAGGACAAACAUGGAGCUUCAGCUGCAGGGCGACUCUGCUCAGGGCGAGAAGGAGGAGCAGCAGGAGGAGCUGCACCUGGCUGUCCGAGAACGGGAGCGCCUUCAGGAGAUGCUGGCGAGCCUGGAAGCCAAACAGUCAGAAUCUCUCAGUGAACUGAUCACCCUUCGGGAAGCCCUGGAGUCUAGUCGCCUAGAAGGGGAGUUGCUGAGGCAAGAGCAAACAGAAGUGACUGCUGUGCUAGCAAAGGCAGAACAGUCUAUUGUGGAGCUGUCAAGUUCUGAGAACAGCCUGAAGGCUGAGGUAGCUGAUCUUCGGGCUGCAGCUGUCAAGCUCAGUGCCUUAAAUGAGGCUUUGGCCUUAGAUAAAGUUGGACUGAACCAGCAGCUUCUCCAGUUAGAACAGCAGAACCAGUCUGUGUGCAGCAGGAUGGAGGCAGCAGAGCAGGCAAGAAGCGCUUUGCAGGUGGGCCUGGCAGAGGUGGAGAGGAGCAGGGAAGCGCUGUGGGAAAAGAACACUUACCUGGAGGCUCAGCUGCAAAAAGCAGAGGCGGCCAGGGCUGAGCUGCAGGCAGAUCUCAGGGGCGUCCAGGAAGAGAAGGAAGAAAUUCAAGAGAAACUAAGCGAGGCACAUCACCAGCAGGAGGCAGUCUCAGUUCAGAUGGAGCAGCUGCGUCAGGAGGCAAAGCGGCAGGAAGAGGUGCUCGCCCGGGAAGUCCAGGAGAAGGAGGCUCUGGUGCGGGAAAAGGCGGCUCUUGAAGUGCGGCUGCAGGCUGUGGAGCGGGACCGGCAGGACCUCUCUGAACAACUGCUGGGGCUCAGCUCGGCCAAGGAGCUUCUGGAGAACAGUCUGUUUGAGGCCCAGCAACAGAAUUCUCUGAUAGAAGUCACCAAGGGGCAGCUGGAGGUCCAGAUUCAAACUAUCACUCAAGCCAAGGAGGUAAUCCAAGGGGAAGUGAGGUGCCUACAGCUGGAACUGGAUACUGAACGGAGCCGGGCAGAACAGGAGCGGGAUGCUGCAACCAAACAGCUGGCCCAGGCUGAGCAAGAGGGGCAGACCGCCCUGCAGCAGCAGAAGUCAGCCCAUGAGGAGGAAGUGAAGGGGCUCCAGGAAAAAUGGGAGAAAGAGCGUGCCUGGCACCAGCAGGAACUGGAUAAGGCUCUGAAGAGCCUUGAGAGGGAGAAAACGGAGCUGGAAAUGAGGCUGAGGGAGCAGCAGGCAGAAACAGAGGCCAUGCGGACGCAGAGGGAAGAAGAACGGGCUGAGGCUGAGAGCACCCUGCGCCAGAUGCAGCUCGAAACAGAGAAGGAGAGAAUGUCCCUCCUGGAGACACUGCUGCAGACCCAGAAGGAGCUGGCAGAUGCCAGCCAACAACUGGAGCGGCUGAGGCAGGACAUGAAGGUUCAGAAGUUAAAGGAGCAGGAGACCACUGGGAUGCUGCAGACCCAGCUCCGGGAAGCUCAGAAGGAGCUGGAACAGGCAGCCCAGCAGCACAGAGACAGCCUUGCUGCCCUCCAAGAAGAAGGCCGUGCCCUGCUGCAGGAUAAGAUAGACCUGCACAAGCAGGUGGAGGACUUGAAGUCUCAGCUGGUUUCCAAGGAAGACUCCCAAAGGCUGGUAGACCAGGAAGUUCAGGAGAAGCUGAGAGAGGCCCAGGAAUGUAGCCGAAUUCAGAAGGAGCUGGAGAAAGAAAAGGCCAGCCUGACUCUGUUGCUGGUGGAAAAGGAACAGAGACUCCUUGGUUUACAAGAGGCCGACUCCAUUCGACAACAAGAGCUGAGCUCCCUGCGCCAGGACAUGCAGGAGGCCCAGGCAGGGCAGAAAGAGCUCAGCGCCCAGGUGGAAUUACUGAAGCAGGAGGUGAAGGCAAAGGAGACUGACUUUCUGGCCCAGGAAGCGCGGCUGCUGGAAGAGCUGGAGGCAUCUCAAGUAACAGAGCAGCAGCUACGAGCUUCCUUGUGGGCCCAGGAAGCCAAGGCCGCACAACUACAGCUGCGACUGCGCAGCACAGAGAGCCAGCUGGAGGUGCUGCUGGCAGAGCAGCAGCCUGGGCACCAGGCCCAGGCCCAGCUGGCCAGCCUUUGUGCUGUCCUGCAGCAGGCCCUGGGGUCUGUUUGUGAGAGCAGGCCUGAGCUGAGUGGCGGGGGAGACUCUGCUCCCUCCCUCUGGGGCCCUGAGCCAGACCAGAAUGGAGCUAGGACCCUUUUCAAGAGAGGGCCCCUCCUGACAGCUCUCUCGGCUGAGGCGGUGGCCUCUGCCCUUCACAAGCUUAACCAAGACCUGUGGAAGACUCAGCAGGCCCGGGAUGAUCUGAGGGAUCAGGCCCAGAAGCUGGGACAACGUCUUACUGAAACAGAGGCCGAGAAGAGCCAGCUCCACACAGAGUUGCAGGCUCUGCAGAGGCAGCUCUCCCAGAACCAGGAAGAGAGAUCCAAGUGGGAAGGAAAACAGACCUCCUUAGAAUCUGAGCUGGUGGAACUGCAUGAAACUGUGACAUCCUUACAGAGUCGCCUACGGCAAGCAGAGCUGCAGGGAAUAGAAGCCCAGAAUGAGCAAGAGUUACUGCAGGCAGCCAAGGAGAACCUGACAGCCCAGGUGGAACACCUCCAAGCAGCUGUUGCAGAAGCCAGGGCUCAGGCAAGCGCUGCCGAGGUCCUGGAGGAAGACCUCAAAACUGCACGCUCAGCCCUGAAACUGAAAAGCAAGGAGGUGGAGAGUGAGCGUGAGCGAGCCCAGGCCCUACAGGAGCAGGGCGAGCUGAAGGUGGCCCAAGGGAAAGCUUUGCAGGAGAAUUUGGCUCGCCUGACUCAGACCCUAUCUGAGAGAGAAGGGGAGGUGGAAACUUUGCAGGGAAAAAUCCAGGAGCUGGAGAAGCAACGGGAAAUGCAAAAGGCUGCUUUGGAGGUGCUGUCUUUGGACCUCAAAAAGAGGAACCAAGAGGUGGAUCUGCAGCAAGAACAGAUUCAGGAGCUGGAGGAGUGCAGAUCGGUUUUAGAGCAUCUCCCCAUGGCAGUCCAGGAGCGAGAGCAGAAGCUGACUCUGCAGAGGGAGCAGAUCAAGGAGCUCGAGAAGGACCGAGAGACACAGAGGAACAUCUUGGAGCAUCAGCUUCUGGAACUUGAGAAGAAGGCCCAAGUGAUUGAGUCCCAGAAAGGACAGAUUCAGGAUCUGAAGAAGCAGCUGGUUACUCUGGAAUGCCUGGCCCUGGAACUAGAGGAAAACCAUCACAAAAUAGAGUGCCAGCAAAAGACAAUUGAGGAGCUGGAGGGCCAGAGGGAAAUGCAGAGGGCAGCUCUGACCCAUCUGACACUGGACCUGGAGGAAAGGAGCCAGGAGCUGCAGGUACAGGGCAGCCAGAUCCGGGAGCUAGAGAGUCACAACAGCCUCUUGGCAAGAGAGCUCCAGGAGAAGGACCAGGAGAUGACGUCCCAGCAAGACCAGACAGAGGAACUGCAGAGGCAGAAGGAGCAUUUGACACAGGACCUCAAGAGGCGGGAACAGGAGAUAGUGCUGCUGAAGGAGAGGAUUCAGGUCUUGGAAGAUCAGAGAACCCUACAGACCAAGAUCCUAGAGGAGGACCUGGAGCAGAUCAAAAUGUCCUUGAGGGAGCGAGGCCGGGACCUGGCCUCGCAGAGGCAGCUGAUGCAGGAGCGGGCAGAGGAAGGGAAGGGCCAGAGUAAAGCACAGCGCGGGAGCCUGGAGCAUAUGAAGCUGAUCCUGCGUGAUAAGGAGAAGGAGGUGGAAUGCCAGCAGGAGCAUAUCCAGGAACUGCAGGAGCACAAGGCCCAGCUGGAGCAGCAGCUCCAGGGCUUACACAGGAAGAUGGGGGAGACCAGCCUUCUCCUGACCCAGCGGGAGCAGGAGAUAGUGGCUCUGCAGCGGCACCUGCAGGAAGCCAGGGAACAGGGAGAGCUGAAAGAGCAGUCACUUCAAGGUCAGCUGGAAGAGGCCCAGAGGGCGCUGGCCCGAAGGGACCAGGAGCUCAAGGCCCUGCAGCAGCAGCAGGCCCAAGGCCAGGAGGAAAAUGUGAUGGAAAAGGCGGGCUUACUGCAGAGAGAGCUGGAGCAGGCCCACGUGACACUGAAGGAGCGCCAGGCGGAGCUUGAGGAUUACAAGGAGCAUGUGAGAAGGCUCCAGGAAGAGCUGGCAGUGGAGGGGCAGCGGGUACAGGCCCUGGAGGAGGUGUUGAGUGACCUAAGGGCUGAAUCUCGGGAACAAGAGAAGGCCCUGCUGGCCCUCCAGCAGCAGUGUGCCGAGCAGGCCCAGGAGCACGAGGCAGAGGCCAGGGCCCUGCAGGACAGCUGGCUGCAGGCAGAGGCUAUGCUCAAGGAACGGGACCAGGAACUGGAGGCCCUGCGGGCAGAGGGCCUGUCUUCCCAGCAUCGGGAGGAGGCUGCCUGUGGCCAGGUGGAGGCUCUGCAGGAGGCCCUCAGCAAGGCUCAGGCUGACCUGCAGGAGAAAGAGCAGCAUCUCCUUGGGCAGGUGGAACUGAGCCGCAGCCUAGAGGCCAGCACGGCCACGUUGCAGGCUGCCCUGGACUCCUGCCAGGCACAGUCCCGGCAGCUGGAGGAGGCCCUGAGGAAGCGGGAAGGUGAGGUCCAGGUCCGGGACCUCCGAUACCAGGAGGCCAUGCAGCAGCUCCAGCAGGCACUUACCCAGAGGGAUGAAGAGCUGAGACAACAGAGGAAACAGGGGCAGCUCCUGGAGAAGUCUCUGGCCCAGAGGGGCCAAGAGGAUGCAACCCAAGAGAAGCAAGAAGCAAAGCACGAGAGAGAAGAGGAAGAGAUAAGGAGCCUUCGUGAGAGUCUGCAGGAGCUACAGCUGACUCUAGCACAAAAGGAAGAGGAGAUCCUGGAGCUGAGGGAGGCCCAGCAGAGGAAGAGUCUGGAGGACUUGUCUCACAAAGGCUGCCCAGGGAAGGAGCCGGCUACAACAUUUGAUUCCUUAGGGCCCAGGCUGCAGCGGGAACUGGAGCGACUACAGGCAGCACUGAAGCAGACAGAAGCCAGGGAGAUCGAGUGGAGGGAGAAGGCCCAGGAUCUGGCGCUGUCCCUGGCCCAGAGCAAGGCCAGUGUCAGCGAUCUGCAGGAGGUAGCCCUGUUCCUGCAAGCAUCUGUUCUGGAGCGGGACUCAGAACAGCAGAGGCUGCAGGAUGAGUUGGAGCUCACCAAACUCACUCUGGAGAAAGAGCGACUCCACAGCCCAGGCCCGAGCAGCAGAGCAGAACGGGGGCCUAGAGGAGAGCCAGGUGUACAACUGGGAGAGGUCUCGGGAGUGAAGACUGAGCCUAGUCCUGAGAUGGAGGAGAGGCAGCUCUGGGAACAGAGGCUUGAGCACCUGCAGCGAGCGGUGGCUCUCUUGGAGGUUGACCGAAGCCAGCUGCAACAACAUAACGCCCAGCUGCGGACCACCCUGGAGCAGGUGGAGCGAGAGCGGAGGAAACUGAAGAGGGGUUCCAUGCGUGCAUUGCGGGCAGGGGACCUGGAGAGCGGUGAAGCCACGGCACCAUCACCCAUGCAACAGGAUGGAAGAGGAAGGCAGAAGGGCUGCUCAGAUGCCAAGCACAUGGUUGAGCUGCAAAAAGAGGUGGCCCUCCUGCGAGCCCAGCUGGCCUUGGAGCGGAAGCAGAAGCAGGACUACAUUGCUCGCUCAGUUCAGACGAGCCGUGAGCUGGCGGACCUGCACCACGGCCUCUCUCACUCCCUUCUCGCUGUAGCCCAAGCCCCCGAGGCCACCGUCUUAGAGGCCGAGACCCGCAAGCUGGACGAGUCUCUGACUCAAAGCCUGACAUCCCCCGGGCCAGCACUGCUGUGCCCCAGCUCCAGUGCUGCUCAGACUGCCUCCAGGUAGCAGUCUCAGCCAGGGCAGGACGUGGGCCAGCCUGGGAGGCCACAGACAGAUGGCUUGUCGCCUGGGUCGUGGCCCCUCCACACAGCUGCAGGUUUGCCAAAGGAAGUUCUGGUUCUGUUACCCAACCUGGGAGCCCCAGGUCUGCUGGCAUUCCCAGGAAGAGGGAGGGAAACCUGCAAGGCUGGGAGAAGGCCCCGGCUCCCAUGGGAAUGAGGCAGGUCACACUUGAUACUGGCCUGCAGUCACCCACAGAGUGCCUUGCCCUGGCCACGGGGCAUCUACUGAAUCUCGUCCAGAACUCAUUACAAUACACCCUGGGUCUUUGUGUUUGUUCUCUGCUGCUGCCUCUACUGGGUAGCUGGGCAACAGCACAUCAAAGGCAUCUAUCAAGGAAGAAUUUGCUAAAGAUUCCUGUGAGAUGGCAUGAAUUUGUCAUCUGCCUGCAUUCUGAUAGAGAAGGGGUGCAGAAGAUACACAAGACAAAGCCCCUGUCCACAGGAAGCUUGAGCCCAACUGACAAGAACUGGCAGAACUUCAUUGAUGAGUAUAGUUUCUGUGUGCCGACCAGAAGUGCUGUAGAAAUGCCAGCAGCUGAGGAAGGAAGGCAUGAACUGGCCCCUGAAGUCUGGAGAGGAGUUAGGAGGGGUUGCUAAGCAUGCUGGUGAGAAGACUGGUCUGUGUGGCAGAGUGCACUGGGGCUGAGGUUGGAUGGGUAGGGAGGGAGGUGGUGGAGGGUCUUGGGAUCUAAAUUUGAAGUCAUGGAUAAUGAGGACCACGUGUUCUUUACUUAAAACAUGUGCUGGCGCUUCAAAAACAUAGAGUUGACAUUUGGCUAAAGUCAGUCUCUUGAGUUCAGAAGUUCUGCCUGGCCUCAUUUCUCUACUGCUCUGGGUGAAUGCCCUUGGAGUGUCCCUUUCUGAGCACAUUGCUGGAACCAACUUAGUCCAGCCAGGGGUCAAGCCAAUAAGUGGGAAGGACUGUGGCAGGAUUGUCAGUUAUGGCCUGACCCUGGUGGAGGCAUUUCAUAGGCUUAAGACCUCUUGUUGGCAAUUUCCUGAAAACCUGAGAGAGAACAGUUUUCUUUAAAGAAGCAAGGCAUGGGAGUUCCUGCUGUGGCACACAAUGGGAUUGGUGGUGUUUUGGGAGCUCUGGGACACAGGUUCAAUCCCUGGCCCCGGCACAGUGGGUUGGGAAUCUGGCAUUGCCUCAUUUUCAGCUUAGGUCACAACUGCAGCUCAGAUCUGAUCGCUGGCCUGGGAACUCCAUAUGCUGCCAGACAGCCAAAAAAAAAAAAAAAGGGCAGCAAGGCAUGACCUUCCUCUGACUGCACCCCCAACCAUAAUCUGGAAUUCCUCUUGCCUGAGCCUGAGGAUGGCCUUAAGACCAGCUAAGAAUGUAGGGGUUUGAAAGCAGCUCCACAGUCACUCAGACCUGCUUACCCAGGGCUCAGGUCUCAUUAUUUCCCAUUGCACCACAUAGAGGGAGCUUUGUUCCACAAACCAGUGUAUGGGAGAGAUACUCAGUAAAAAAUUACAGUUUUGGAGUUUCUGCUGUGGCUUAGUGGGUUAAGAAUCCGACUGCAGUGGCUCAGGUCAUUCUGGAGGCACAGGUUCAAUCCCUGGCCCAGUGCAAUGGGCUAACAGAUCUGGUAUUGCUGCAGCUUUGGUGUAACUCAUAGCUGUCGCUCAGAUUCAGUCCUUGGCCCAGGAACUUGCAUAUGCUGCAGGUACGCCCAUUGAAAAAAAAAAAAAAAGUUAUAGUUUAUACCCCCCAGAGCUAAAUCUGGGGCCCUAGAGAUGUUGGCUGGUCCCUUCCUCUAGUGGGAUUUCCUAUGGCUCAGAAUCCUUAUGUGGCCCCAUGCUAGGAGUUAUCAGGGACAAAUUAGAUUUCUCUGGGUUCCUUAUCAUUUUUGAUCCCCCAAUUCUGGCUCUCUAGUUUCUUUUCUUUUCUUUUUUCAGUCUUUUUAGGGCUGCACUGCGGCAUAUGGAUUUUUCCAGGCCUAGCAGUCUAAUCGGAGCUGUAGCUGCUGGCCUACGCCCCAGCAACAUCAAAUCUGAGCCGCAUCUGUGACCUACACCACAGCUCAUGGCAAUGCUGGAUCCUUGACCCACUGUGUGGGGCCAGAGAUUGAACCUGUGUCCUUAUCGAUACUGGUCAGAUUUGUUAACCGCUGAGCCACGACAGGAACUCCUGGUUCUCUAGUUUAGAGGCUGACAGAGGGACCUUGGUUUUUGCCUUGCAGUUUUUUCUCAAUACCAUUAUCUGUAGUUCGUAAGCCAAGGCCUUAAGCCCCACAUACCUUCUAGGAACACGGGAGAGAGAUUUCAGCAGUUGAAAGACAUUUUAGAGGCAGCCAAUAAGGUCUUCAUUCAGUAAAAAUCUGUUUUUGCUCCUCCCUUCCCAUUCAACCUUCAAGAGCCCCUCACCCCUGCCUCUAGACCUCAGGCUAGGGUCUCCCCUUCCAACAGAUAUUCACAUCAGGGUUGGCCUUUAGUUCAAAGGCAGGCUACAGUCUUGCUCUUAACUCUGCUUGUGAAUGAUUUUCUGCUCCAACUUUGUAAAAUACACUUUCUUUGACCAAUAGUAGGAUCAUCCGUAUGGAGGGUCCCACCAGUCACGGAGCCAGUUGCUCUUUUCAUCAGCUUCAAACCUGAAUUGGAGAAGCAUGAAGAAAAAAGAAUGGGUCUUUCAGGCAGGACCCAACCUUGCCUCAGGGCAUCAGGCCAGUGCUUCCUUCCGCUCUUAUCCCAGGCAGCAGGCUAACCAAAGCAGUGAAUCCUGCGGUGGGGAACUGUCUGACCAUCUAGCCUACUCUCAUGGACACACUUGAGGAUGGUGUGACUGAUAUCUAGAACCUGGGAGAAAGGAGGUCAGAGCUGAGCGUGGAUGUCUCCAUCCACAAAACCCUCCGCCCUCCAGCCUCCUUUUCUGCUUUGAUUAGAGCUGGUCCAGGCCCAAAGUCCCGGGAGAGAAGGCGACAAGAGUGGAGUCAGAGUCUGGGCCGAUGUUCUUAUUCCCAGGGAGUGCUGGCUCUGGUGGGUGCAGCAUCCUCUUCUCUCAAGGAAACUCCAUGUGUGUUAGAGCAACUAUCACCAUGUCGCAACCUAAUUACCUUCUCCUCCCUUCAUGGGACUAGCAGCCCCUUGAAGGCAGAAAAGCUGCUUGGCACAAAGUAGAAAAGGCGAAGCUGGUGGUAUAUGCUGGGGCCGAGGGCAGGGGAGAGGGUACAGUCAGACUGCAGGGUGAGGACAAGAUCCAGUUUACACCAAAAGACUGAGGGCAGUCUGCUCCAGCCCUGGGGCCUGCAACUUUCCAUCUUGGCUCAGGACCAUUGCAGCCCACGCUAGAUCCGGAGGCUUCAAUACCAGGAGAACGUGGGCGUUCCCGCCAGGUCAUGGGCAUUCUCAGGUACCUUAUAUGUAGGAAGGUUCUACUGUCCAUGUUCUCAGAGCCUAGAAGUGGGGCCUGGGUCAUUCUGUAGAGAAAGGAAAGAAAGUCAGGAAGGCCCUGGGGCUCACCCUCACCUGCCUGCUCUCCCACAGUGCAGUGCAGCAGGUGCUCGUCAGUGGUUAUCCCAUAUUCUGAAGACCUCACAUUCUCGAGUUCCCACUGUAUAGCCCAGGCCUGGCAUAGAUGGACUCAGGAUCUGGCCAUAGCCUGGGUGUCUGCUGGAAUAAUUCCUCCUUGGCCACCUGGAAUUGGGGAAGGUUGCCUAGGGUUGGGGUUAACAUGGGUGCCUAGGGAGAGGAGACAAACCUCUUAACACAUCACCCCUAUGUUCUACCACAGAGGGGAGCCUGGGCCCCAUUGGUGUAGAUUGGUGUAGAGAAAGGGGCCAGCAGAGGCGGGUGAAUGCAGCCCAGAGUCCAGGACUUCUGGAGGCAGGGUAGCUCUAACUCCAUCAGGAGCUUCAGGGCCCAUCCGAAGGGCUAGGCAAACCAGGCAGACCGCCCUGCUGGUGGAGGCAGGCUAGGAUGAUGCGGCACCCUGGUGAGCAGCUCUAGGGGCAACAGAAAUUCCAGGAGCACUUGUGGAGGAGGGGAUACCUCACCCACAAAAGCAGCAAGUCUCCCCCAGCCUGAGACUUUGCAUGCAGGCCUCAUCUCAGCCCAUGGGACAGGCCCUUAGGCAGCUGGUUGGUGUAGUUGUGUUCCCCGUGUCUGUCUCAAAGCCUUGGAGAGGGGCCUGGUUCACCCCAGAAGGGAGGGCUGGGUGGACAUUUGGAGGAGAAGGAUUUGGCCUAACCUCCUUGGUCUCCACCUUUUGUCCUGCACCCACCUGGGGACCAUAUCUGCUGGUCAAUCUUGGAGCUUAAGCCAGAGCCACACAGGUCUGGCAUCCCACACGGCUCAAUGGGUUCUGGGAUUCUCUAAUUGGCUGUUGAUUUUGACUCUGAAACUCCUUUUCUGAUUCAGAGCCCUAAAGUUCAUAGGAGCACAGGAGGGAGGAAUUUAGGGGUUUAUCCCAAACUCCCACCAUCUGUAGAAGAAGGGUAGCACUUGGGAUCAUGAAGAGAGAUGGGCCUGGCACUGGGAGCAUAGGAACUGGACAGAGACCAAGGGUGUGCGCUGACCAACCACAAGAGCAAAGCAUCAGAGGACUUGGCACUUCUGACCUCAGCAUGGGCUCAGUGUCCAUUCUGAAGCACUGGUCAAGCCAGACAGACUCUUCAGGAAUGUGGAAGCAGGCAGAGCACUCAUGGACCCCAGAUGAACAGGUACACUUUCUCUCUCUCUCUCUCUCUCUUUUUUUUUUUUUUUUUGAUUUGGCCCAUGCCCACAUUGUGUGGAAGUUCCAGGGCCCAGGGGUUGAACUGGCACCACGGCACUUACCUGAGCCACAGCAGUGACAACACCAGGUCCUUAACCCGCUGGGCCACCAGGGAACUCCAACAGGUACACUUUUUUGAAGAGUCCCUGGGGCCGUGGCAGGUCCUUGAGCGGAUUCUGGGCUUCUUAUGGAAGUCACUCUGGCUGGACUCCUGGUCAAGGAGGGAGGCCAUCAGCCACAGUGUAGCACACAGGUAAGCUACCAGACUCUGCUUCAGGUAUGAAACCUUCAUCUCUGGCCUGACGAUGUGCCCCAGCAGCAAUAGACUGGCUCUAACACCAAGAACUGGGAAACUGGGAAGGAGGAUGGGUGGGAGUCACCAGAUGUCCCCAGCUUCCCGUGUCCUGGUAGCUUCCAUUCCUCCCCAGCCCUUCACACCACACCUCCUCUGGCCAUUCCAAGCCACCUGCUAACCACUAAAAGGAAUGCCUCUUAAGUCCUGGGCUGGAGGCUGAAAGGAUGGUACAGCUGAUCAUUGUGUCCUCUGAUCUCCCAGAAGAGACUGGUGCCCAAUGAGGUCUUUCGUGCCAGCUCAGUUGUAUAAGGGGCCUUAUCACAGAGAACGUACUAUGACCUCCUCUGCACAGGCAUCUUGGCAAGCACCUCCGCCCCUUCACUUUGGUGUUCAGCCCAGAGCCCAGCUGACAAGGGAGGUUUGGAAUUUAAGCAUCCAUUUAAGCAGGAGGGCAAGGGGGUUGUGGUUAUGAGCUGGAUCUAGUGUGGAUGAGCAGCCGGAGAUUGCAGGCUGGGGGCGGGGCGGGGGGGGAGAGAAGGAGCCAUUUGGAACCUCCUGGGUCAGAGAGAAUUUACCAUUUCGACAAAAGUGAAUAUUUACUAUAGCCAACCCUUAAAACCUCUUGGGUUGCAUUUUUUUUUGGGGGGGGGGGGACUUGCUACUUGUUUCAGGUAAAUACCUGAAAAUUUUCUCAAAAAGAAAAAAAUCACACAGAACAGCAGCGUCCUGCCACCCCUGACUCCUUACCCUGAGGCCCCUCCUCAGAGGCCUCCCCUUCUAACUAUUCUGGCAUGUGCUUCCAUAUCUCUAAAUAAUACGCUUACACUGCUAUAUCAUGAUAUUUCAUGUAGACUAUCUGCUAUAUAUGAUUAUGUGAUUAUGUUUAGUAAUAACCACUUGGUCGUGUUGUAACUUUAACAGUGGACCUUAACUACUAUUUCUCAUUCUAUCCUUAAGACAAAAGUUUCUAGUUUUGGCUCCAGUUCCAGCAAAGUCAUGAAUUGAAAGAUAACCUGAGGAGUUCCUGCUGUGGUGCAGUGGGAUUGGUGGUGUCUCUGGAGCACUGGGAUGCACCUUCGAUGCCAUAGCUUUGGUAUAGGUUGCAAUGGUUCUGAUCUGACCUCUGGCCCAGGAAUUCCAUAUGCCACAGGAGUGGCCAGAAAAAAAGAUAACCUGAAAACUGUCCUAUGACAAAAAUCUAGAACUGCUGGUCAAAACAUAGUGUUAAUUUUUUUAAUGGCAUUUAUUUUUGAAUGUGUAAUAUGAGUCUGUGGUACACAGUUCAAAAAGUACAAAAAGUAAAUGACAAGAAUCUGUCCUUUGGUUAUUCCCAGUCUCUUCCCAGAGGCAA